AUGUUCGAUGAGAUUCGAUAUGAACUUGACGGUGUGGAGAUUGAUCGUACCAGAAAUGUCGGAAUAACCAGCACGCUCAAGACCUAUGUCUCGACAUCAUUCGAUAAAAUGGUAUCUCUGAAGAAUGCCGGCUGGGAUGUGUCGAACAAUGGGAAGGGAGAUUUCAAUUUUUGCGUACCGCUCAGCAUGCUAUUGGGAUUCUAUGAAGAUUACAAACGCGUGGUGAUUAACGCUCGACACGAAUUGAUUUUAAUGCGAUCGCUCAACGACAACAAUUGUCUGUUUGGAGCUAUAGCACUGGAGCCGCAGCUUGAAAUAUUCAAGAUACAAUGGCGAAUGCCGCAUGUGCUGUUAAACGAGGUGAACAAGCUAUCGAUGCUGCGUGCUUUGGAAAGCGGACAAUACCUUAACAUGGGUUUUCGUUCAUGGGAUCUCUAUGAGUUUCCACUAUUGCAGCGGACGACUAAGCAUUCGUGGGCUAUUAAAACGGCUACUCAGCUCGAGAAGCCGCGGCAUGUUAUUUUCGCUCUGCAAACAAAUCGAAAGAAUAUCAUGUCUGAGAAUGUGAGUCAAUUCAAUCACUGCAAAUUGAGCAACGUAAAACUCUAUCUGAACUCGGAAUGUUAUCCAUAUGACGAUAUGAAUCUGGAUUUCGAUAAAAGCAUAUGGUCGAGUCUGUAUGAUGCGUUUUCACGAUUCCGGAAGAGCUAUUAG